UAAUAAGUUCAAAACAUUCAAAACGUGAUCCAACACAAGCUUCCACAUCUUUCUCUUCUUCCUUUUUCCCAAGCAACACUGUAACCGCCGCGAAGAGCUUGCAGCUCAGCUUCCAAUGGCGGAAACCGAAUCCACCGAAACCAGCAACGUAGCCAUCGUCUCACUCUACUCCAACUACCUCCGCAACCGUCUUCGCGCUUUCUACCCCUUCCAUCCAUCCAAUCUCCUCCGCUUUCUCUCCAACCUCGCCGCUCCUUUCCGAUCAAUCCACCACCGCCAAUGCAUACCGCUUCCUCUCCCUUCCAAUUUCCGCGACUCUUCCAUGAUCAUAAAGGAAUCUAGAGUGCAUGGUGUAUUGGAGGAUAUACUGGAACAUGUUUUGUUGAACUUGCAUAGUAUAGAGAAGAAUCUCCAGUUUUGGCAAUCUAAAUCAGAGAAAUCGGAUGCUAGUAAAGCUUAUUUCAUGGUUUUUGAGAGGGGUCCGAGCGCUUUUAUCAACGAAACAGCUAAGUUGUUGUGCGGAAAUGCUGCUCAAGGAUCUUUGGUGCAGAAUCUUUGCCAGACUGCGUCUGUUUACAUACAUGAGAGGCUAACGGUUUUGAGUAGCUUGAGAUAUGCUCUGGCAACAUUCUUAGCUCAGUUUUACGUGGAAGUUGAUAAAAUUGGAGAGGAGUUGGUGAAAGAUCCACAGCAUAAGCUGCCUUCAUUGUUGGUUAGGCUUAAUGAAAUGUUCUCAAUAUUAGAAAGUUCAAUCGGUCACCUACAUGCAGCGCAUCAGACUGAUUCUUCUGUUGAUGGAAGCUAUUCAAUUCCACUGCUGUUUAAGAAGCUGCCGGAAAUAAAUCAGGAGGAUUCCCAGUGGACAGAUUGUGAAAUCAGGGAUGCUAUCAAUUCUAUAUAUCAAAAUUUACAAAAGCUGGAUUCUUACAUAUCUGUUCUUGUUACCAACCACAGAAAACCAAGGAAAAUAACCCAAUAUUGGAUUGGCUAUACAUGUGGUGCAAUUGGUCUGUCUGCCUGUUCCAUUUGGCUCUUGCGACAUAGUAGUUUGAUGGGAAGUUCUGAUCUUGAUAAUUGGGUUCAAAAAGCAAAGGAUUCUACAGUUGGCUUUUAUAAGGAUCACGUGGAACAACCGAUUUUGUCCAUCAAAGAUGAUCUAUUCGAGACAUUCAAGAAGCAGAGUAUUAUGGACCCUGCAGAGCUGGAGUUGACUUCUGACAAACUGCACAGAAUGUUGUUGGCUUUCAGCGAGAGGGCAAAGGGUCAGAAGUUUCCAGAGAAUGCUUCAGAUCAGGAAAUGCUCGAGAUAGUCAUGUCUAGGUAUGAGAAGGAAAUCAGGCAUCCUAUUCAAAACCUUAUAGGUGGAGAGUUGGCAGAGGCUCUGCUUAUUCAGAUUCAGAAGCUUAAAUUGGAUAUUGAAACGGCAAUGCUGGAGCUGGCCCCCCCCCCCCCUCCUCUUCUUUUCUCUCUUCUUUCUCUUAAUAAAUACCCUAUCAUGGUAACUCAGGAUAAGAAAGCUGAGGGAAGAGGUAGAAUUGCUCGGAUUCAGAGGAGGCUAGUUGUUAUAGAGGUUGAAAAAAGGAUUAUGCAGUACCAAAAUUUUGUUGAGCAAGGAUCGGAGAAAGAUGCACAAUGUAUGUUUGGAUUGGUACUCUAUAGCUUGAAUAGCCUGUAUUAUUCUGUCAAGAAACAUGCAGAAGAUUCUGGGGAGUGGCAUUGUUUGCGAGAGGAUUUAAUUGAUUUGGCUAGGCCUGGCCUGCAAACUGGUUACAAGUUAACUGUGACUUCGCGGAUGAAGAGGGAUUAUGACUGCAUAGUUCCAAUGUUGAGACGCCGAUAGCACAUCAGUUAACUUUCCUUCUCAAGGUUUCAAUGCCAUCUUUUAUUCAACUUGAUACCCAAUUUUGUUUUGGAUGCCAGGCACAUAUACAUAUUCGUUGGGAGAUCACAACAUUUUUUUCCCACACCAUAGUUAGAUCAAGGAUUUGGAUAGUUAAAUUGAUUCCAAAUCAUGUUAGAGAGGAUGAUGUACGUUGAUAUUAGUCAAAAUUUUACUUUCUAUGAAAUUCCGGAAUAUAUUUCUGGGGUUGUGUUUUCACGCCCUCAGGAACUUCAGUUGUUAAAAAAUCAUGUGAAUGAGAGUUGCUCGAUAUGGGCGCAAUUCUAAUACAAUUGAAAUAUGUUUCUUUUUUUCAUGAA